CUUAUAAAUAUGGGAAAGGGUUUUGAAAAACGGUUUUAUUUACAGAUUUGUGUUUUGUGUAGUAUAGUAGUCACGGUCGAACAGAAAACAGCAAGGACUGGAGUUCUGAGAGGGUUAAUCGAGUCAUUACUUUGAGGCUUUUCAGUGGCCGUGAUGAAGCUGGAAUAUUGCUGUCGGUGGCGGUAAACAACAUUUUGCCAUGUUUGGGAAAAUAAGUUGAGUAUGAUUGAUCAGUCAAAGGUUUCUAUUCACAAUAAACAAUAAACGACUGUUUUACUGACAGAUGUGGGUUUCCUUUAGCUAAAACUCCUAACUGUAUAGUAUAAUGACUCGCAUUGAAAAUGUUACACGACGAUUCUAAGAUAAAAUCGCAUUCUUAACAUGUGUUAUAUAUACUAUAUUAACUGUCUGUAGCAAAUGCUAGGUGUUUAAUAAUUCAUUGAACUAUCGAUAAAGCAACGAGAUUAAGUUCAAAUGACGAUAGUUGGCUUGUUUGGCUAUCAAUGGUUUCAGUGCACAUAAGACAAUAAAAAAACAAACGUAUAAUCACCUAGUAUAUACUUUAUCAUGCACUUUCAGUAAGAGAGUAAUCUAAUGUGUUUAACAGUUAAAUAUGCAAUAGUCAAACCGAGCACUUGUCAGGAUUGAUCGGAGGAAGCCAAAAUAAACCAGAGAAAUGUCAUAAAGACAAGACGCGCGCACGCACGCACGCGCACAAAAAUACACGAACAAAAACACCCAUAAAGACAAAUACACACAUACAGACACACAUAUACACAGAGACACACACUCACACGCAGAGACUCGUACGCACACACAGACACACGCUCACUCACACACUCACACACACACAUACUGGAUAGCCUUGAUCUUUGUAUUUUGAAACCCUUGACUAAUACUGCGAAAUAUACACACAAUGUGCAUCAUGUAAAUGUCACACCUGGUAAUCUGAUAAGCAGAAGUGGCUCUGUUUGAUCGAAAAAUGCUACCCUGUGUUUCUGAUGAGGUACCUAUAUUGAUUCGCUCUACUCUUUAACCUGUAACCAUUUUCAUCUCAAACAGUUUUCAGGAGGUUCACUCUUUUAUGUGUAUGAAGCCAGUUAGGUGACCUAAUUAACUUCAACCGAAAUCUGUUGACUCUGCAACAAUAGAACGUUGUUCCCAAUCAUAUGUAAAUAGUCACAGAAACGAAUCCAGUGACUAUAAAACUAAUCGUCAGUUUGUCACUGUUGUUUUAUCGGACGUCGUGGUGUCCACCAUGCUGCUAGUCCUGGUCACUCUGUCCUGCCUGGUGGCUGUCCAAGCUCAGACACUUCCUUGCUGCAUGAUGGACAAACAAUGGUCAGCCACAAUGAUCGACGCCCAAAUCAUGGUCAAAGGAAAUAACGUAACGUCUGAUUUCUUCUACGAUGGCGUAAACAGCUCCAUUUCGAUUCAGUACUAUGAGUUUGGAAACACACGACGUGUACGACUGAACAAAACAGUAACAUUAUACUCCAAGAAAGUACGUUACAACAUCUCCCCUGACGGAAACUGCACCAAGAAAAACAUCACAGACCUAAUGCUGCCUUACUGCAUUCCUGACACGGCCCUUUACAGAGGAUCCAGCUAUCUGGGCGAUGAAGGGUCGAUGCUGAAAAUUGAUGGUUGGCAUUUCCCCCUCGGCUCACUCAACAUCACCAUGAGCGUCAGCGACUACGACUGUGUCCCCAUCAUCGCUGGUGUUGCGGGAAUGUCAGACUACUCUCCAUUCAACACGCUGCUUUACUUCAACGGGCAUAAAGCGGGUAUCACAGAUCCAACUGCUUUCGACGUUCCAAGUAAUUGUUGAUUAACAAGUUUGUGCAUUCCACCAAUGACAACAUCACGCACUGACGUAACCCACUCUGAAAGACAUUCACCAACUUCAUCUUCGCUGUGGGCCCACCUUUCCGCAAACACGUGACAGAAUUCAUUACCAUAUUUAAGUUAAAAUCCCAACUGCUAGCAGGCUGUUCUUGAUAUUUUGGGCCAUAUAUGAAUAACUGACGAAGGUUGUCAUUGUCAACAAUAUCGAAGUCACCUGUGAUUAUAUGACCUAUAGGUUGACAGUCCCAUGUAGUGAAUAUAAAUUGUGUGCUGCCAAGCCCACGCUCUGCAACAGUUACUUAUGAUUGAACAACUUGGAUGAGAAGCUAUUCGCAUAGGCAAAUGAAUUUGUUGGUGGUUCCUCAAAUUAUUUUGUGGCAUUUAGGGAAACUGAUUUAUUUCUGAGAAUGUUAUUCAAAUCAAACACAUCAAUUCAAAUUGAAAAAUUCAAAUUCAGGAACACGCGGUCUUGUCUUGUUUUAGUGGAGUCUCUUUUAGUUUCAAACCUUUCAAAGCAAAAUCAAGAUUGAACCAUACUCUAUAAUCGAUACUGUGGGUCUUUGCUGUACACGUGCCAGUUAAUAUAUAUAGUUAGAAGAUUGUUGAUCAAUACACGUAUCAUGGUACUAUCAUUGACUCGAAAUUGUUAUGAAAAGCUGAGAAAGAGUUUAUCUCCUUCCUCUUUCACAUCUUAAAAAUAAAAAUGAAUGAACUUUUAUGCCACUCUUCUAUAAGAUCUUUAUUUACCGGAAAACGAUUAUCCAUUUUAGGCAUAUUAUAUCCAUUUAGAGUAAUUGUUUACAUUUUAUCCUCACACAGUUUACCUUUACUGACCCAUUACUAUCUAAAUUUAUGAGUAUUGAUAAAUUACACUUUCAGUGUUUGUUUUACUCGCCUUAUUUAACUAUUAUUUAUUUCACUAUGUAAGUAUUUUAAAUUCUGAAUUUCUAGUGUUGACGUGUGGCUUUGUGUUGCAUUGUUACGUUUGUUUGUCGUGCUCAGAACACACAUGGCAAGUUCACAAUCCCAUAUAUCGAUGUGUCAUAAGAUGGACACAUAGGUUUAGAGUAACCAGUAAAUUCAAUGAACAAAACCUAUUUUAAUCAUGUUUGAAAGUACAGCCGUUGGAACUAUUCUGGAAGAGUCUGAAACAAACAAUAGAAUAUUUAUUUUUUUUAUAACAUUUUGACAGUCAAAAUGGUACCAAAGGUUCUAUAACACUAGAUUAUGAGAAUUACUACAAUGCAGCAAUCAUAUGAAUUUCUUAACUCAACUGUUUAGUGUUUCAUCCUUCACAUAAGGGGUAAUAUGGAUGGGUGUGUACUCGCCAAUCUUUGAUGAAUUAAAAUAAAUGACAUUGAUUGGUGGAGUUGACUAAAUGCUGACCAUCAGGUUUCGGUGAACUUUGGCCAUCAAAUUAGAUGACAAAAGAGAAAUACUUACCCUGGAGUAUGAAGUUACUGUUUUGUUCAGUCGUGCACGUUGUGUGUUUCCAAACUCAUAGUACUGAAUCGAAAUGGAGCUGUUUACGUCAUCGUAGAAGAAAUCAGACGUUACCUGGAAAGAAAAACACCAACAUAUGUGUACGAAUCUUUGACACUAAUCCGCUUGGCCUGGUCAAUGGUUCGAAUCCAAGACUGCUCCCAUUAUGAUCCUUGGUCUGUUAGCACAAGACCGUGCGUGUGUUUUUCACGAAUGCGGUAAACGUCCGACCAUGCUUUUGAACGAGUGGCAAAUACUACUUGAACGUCCAAACAUGUACGCGGCAUGUGUUUCAUUGAACAACCAUAAUAGCUGUAACUUGCAUCUUUCACGGAUAAUUCAACCUCGCUAUUUACCAUAACAACAAUGCUAUAGAGACGAUAAAGAAAUAUGACGAUAGAGAAUGACCAGUCUCGAUUUUCCGCCGAAACAGAUUCCAAUCGGCGCAAAAUGCAAAAUAGGGGUGACAAUAUAUUAUAUGAAUAGACCCCUGAAUUCAGUGAUGACACCAGGCGUUUGCGAAAAGGAUAAGGGCAAAAGUGUAAACUCACGUUAUUUCCUUUGACCAUGAUUUGGGCGUCGAUCAUUGUGGCUGACCACUGUUUGUCCAUCAUGCAGCAAGGAAGGGGCCGAGCUUGGACAACCUGUUACUAGCCCAGCACAAUAUGUUAGCAUGUACGAAUCAUAGUUCGGGUGGUUUGGUUCUCGUUGUAUGAUUAAAACAACAUUUUAUACAAUGAAUUUCCACCGCAAUACAUUGGAACGGAUAUUUGAUCAAAUAGCAUUAAAAUGUACAAAUGUGCCUUGUACGUGUAUGCAUAUACAGAAGAAUUCGUGAAUGUUUGUAACAACGUGGAGGUGAAGAAAACAGGCACAAAGACAUACAAAACUGAAACUGUCUUUAUGACAUUUCGGUGGUUAUUUUAGCUUCAUCCGGUCCAUCUUGACAAGUGCUUGGUCGGACUAUUGCAUAUAUAACUCCCCACCAAAUAGCCGAUGUAGGGUUCAUUGAGUUCGGUUUGAACAAUAUUCCAGAUAUAUCACGGCGCGUCAGUUUAAUGUGGGGAGAGGAAAGUACGAAGUGAUGCAGGUGUCACACGUUUAUCAGUUAGGUGAAAUCCACGAGCACGAUUAAGGUGCUGAUAAACCUAGAACCAUAAUUGGGGCGAGCCGGGAUUCGAACCCACAAUCACAGGUUUCUGACGUGACCAAGGGGCGCAACUCUCCACAUCCAAAUCCGGCGACUUAUACGACAGGGCCACCCGUGCCCCCGGUUCAC